GUGACGGCGCUGAGCUCUCGUAGACUUCUCUUGGAGUUGGUGGAGUGCGCGACGCCACCGCUGCGGCCGCCGCGCUCCCGGGCCCUGGGCGAUGGAGAACGGAGCGGUGUACGCCCCCACCACAGAGGAGGCCCCGGGGCCCGCCAGGGGCGCCCGGAGCGGCCUCACCGCCUUCUUCUCCCCGGGCCGCCUGCAGUGGUACCGGCGCGCGCUCAAAGGCUUGCAGCUGCUGCUGUCUCUGCUGGCCUUCAUCUGUGAAGAGGUUGUGUCACAGUGCACAAUGUGCGGAGGCCUGUACUUUUUUGAAUUCGUCAGCUGCAGUGCCUUCCUUCUGAGUCUCCUUAUCCUGACAGUGUAUUGCACCCCAGUUUAUGACCGAGUUGAUGCUGAAAAAGUAAAAUUAUCGGAUUUCUACAUCACUCUGGGAACAGGCGUUGUGUUUCUCUUGGCGUCCAUUAUCUUCACAACCACACAUGACAGGACGUCAGCUGAGACCGCUGCAGUCGUGUUUGGGUUUCUGGCAAGUUUGAUGUUUCUGUUGGACUUCGCCAUCAUGCUCCAUGGAAAACACCAGGAGACCCAGCUGAGAAAACCAGAGAUGACCACCAGGGCAGAGGCCCUCACGGAACCACUGAACACUUAGGCUCUGGGGACAGACGUUACAUAAGGUGGUGACUCUGCGUGAUGCCUGAGCCCUGGUGCAAAGACGCUCUUGAAGAAUUUGUGUGAUUGUUGAGACCACUUCGUUUGGAGAGCGGGAGGGGAGGCAGACAGCGGUUUGUACCACCCUUGGACCAUGUGUCAGUUCGCGAGGGGACCAGAGGCGUUUGGUUUUUAAUUUUUCUUUAUAACGGUUGAAACUUGCCUCAAAUGUAGUUUUUUUUGGGGGGAGAGGCCAAUUGUUUCUGUAAAUCAUAUAGAUCAACGGAUGAUAAAUUAUUCUGUCAUCUUUUUUAAUAAAAUAUUUUACUAGGCUUAGCUUCCAAAUUAUGCUUUAUAGCUAUAUAAGCAAUAUAAUUAUUAUGUUCCUCCUUUUAGACAGAGUUUCAUUUUUAAAUUUGUUUGCUUAGCUAUGAGUUUAUUUUUUGGUAAAAGAAACCAAAUAAAUAGACAAUGAUUAGAUUAUGUUUUGUUCACUCAAAUUUAAUGUCUGUUUAAGGAUCAAUACUUAAAAUGUUGGUCUGGGUUUUUUCCUUAAAAUAUAAUAACCGGAUUUUACUGUGUCUUAUUCAGCCUUAAAAUUAUAUUGAGAUAUUUUAGGAAAAUUAUUACUAACUCUUUCUGCAGCCUUCUAUAGCUUAAUGUAAAUUACAUGUGAGAGUCAUUGAUAUUUUAUGUGUAUAAAAGCAACAACAUCGGCAUCCCCCUGUUGCACUUUGGUUGUUGAUGGUGAUAUUAAGUAAAAAAAAAAAAAAAAAGAUGGUUAUA